AUGCAAACACUCCGAGCUUCAAACGCUUCACUUGCCAUCGGCACAUCAACAUUUUUCCAAUUCCUUCUCGUGCGUUCUUUGGAGCGCAGCAUUUUCGUCAUCGGUAAAACUUUAUCGAUCCCAUGGCCGCCAACAUACGAUCAGUCUCAGUUCUUGUUUUGCGUGCUUCACGUCAAGUCAAUCGGACCGCCAACUGCAACAGCCGCACUUCAGAGAAUAUCAAUGGCUUUUCACAACGCUAAAACGUGCCGCCGCUGUUCAUGCCGUAGAAAGUCGUGCCUACGCCGGAAAGCAGACCAACCGCGUCGAGUCAAGUGCUUCAUCCCUCACGCACAAUUCCUUCUAAUCCCUCGUGCUGGUGCGCUUUAUCAUCAGAGAAAGAGCAAGUCCUUUGUUCAAAAUGAACCUCAAUUUGAAUUGGACGGAAAUGAUGAUGAACUAAUGCCGAAUGAGGUCGCCUUCAAUAGUGAAGACCUUCGUAUCAUGCGUGACUCCAUCGAACGGAUGCGGCAAGAGUUGAGUCGUGGUCUGCAAAACCUCCUGGAGCUUCGCGCUUUGAUGAAAGAAGUAGCAAGCCAGCAAGAGUAUUGUGAAGAUGUUAGAUGA